GCCGUGUGUUAAUAAUCUCGAGCUGUCGGUCUCCUCUCUCCUCCGCCUCAGAGCGCCGUUCUGCUGACUCAGUGCCUUACAGAGCAGUCCCGUUUCUCCACACCGUCCGGAACUACAGCUCCUCUCCGCUAACAGCAACGACAACCCCAGCCAUGGCCAAAACCGCAGUCGCUUACAAAGAGAAGAUGAAGGAGCUGUCCCUUGUCUCCCUCAUCUGCUCCUGCUUGUACCCAGAGGCCCGGAACAAGAUGAUGGGCGAGUUCGAAGACAUGAAGGUCACGCCCAUUAACAAGCGAGCCUCUGGACAAGCCUUCGAAGUGAUCCUGAAACCGCCAUCCCCUACAUCUGACGGGGGCUACAGUAUCACCUCUCCCCCCAAGAAGAGGGACGUCUCCCUGGAAGACAUUCAGAAGAAGCUGGAGGCAGCUGAGGACCGAAGGAAAUCUCAGGAGUCUCAGGUGCUAAAGGCACUGGCUGAGAAGCGUGAGCACGAGCGCGAUGUGCUGCUCAAGGCCAUGGAGGAAAACAGCAACUUCAGCAAGAUGGCAGAGGAGAAACUCACCAUGAAGAUGGAGCACAUCAGCAAGAACCGCGAGGCUCUGCUCACAGCUAUGCUGGAGCGCCUACAGGAGAAGGAGAGACAUGCCCAGGUGGUACGCAGGAACAAGGAACUGCGGGACGAGCUGAGCGGAGACGAAGAUCUCCAGUUCUAAUAUGCCCCCGCAUCACCCACCUGACUAAGUCAGAGACCCUCUCUCCUUAUUACCCAGUCCCACGUAGAGAAAGAGUCUCAUACACACACACUCCCCCACUCCCCACUUCCUAACCCGAGGGAGAAGGACAAACCCCAGUCUGCACCAACAGCACAUUCUUAUCCCAUCUUCCCCUCUUCCCAUCCUCGCAAAAAAAGUGAAAAAUGAAACCCAGAAGCAUCAUGCAUCCUACUGCUCCCUAAAAAAGAAUGUUUUUGCUCGAUUCAAAAUGAAACAAGUCAAAGUGGGUAUUGAUUUUUCUUUUUCUGUAAAUACUUCCUUUUUCGUUUUAUAUAUAUGAGGCGACAAAAGUAUUGCAUUGUGCCAUUUUAUAGUUUUCUCUCUCUAUAUCGAUGGAUGUAUUAAUUUCUUCUUGCUGUAUCUCUCCAAUCUGCUGCAGUUUCUCUUGUAACAGGCUUUGGUGUUUGUGAAUUUGCUGGCUAGCUGAUAUUUCGCAGUUUCACCUCUUCAGCCCCAAAUGGCCAUGUUUUAUGUGUGUGUAUGUGGGUGUGAAGAACAUAUUUAGUCACAUCACAUCACGCACGCAUUUCUGACAUUUCUGAUUCUCAUGAGAGUUAGAUCACCACACACACUAUUUAUUUAUGGACACACACACACACACAUACACACACACACACACACACACACAAACCCCAAUAUAUAAGUCAUACAUAUAUUCAUACAUACCUACAUACAUACAUACAUACAUACAUACAUACAUACACACCAUGAAUAAAUGCACAUGGGAUUUAGCAAAGAUGACAUCCUGCUCAGGAGGAGCUCGAUAAAUCUUCAGUUACAGUACUUGAUUAUGUGAUGUGACAUCUGUGCCUCAUGGCCACUGCAGUGCCACCCAUGUAUAGUCUCACAAUUUUCCAUUCUGUAGUGGUUUGUUCUAAUCAAAGCAUGCCAGAGAGAAACUAAAGUUGUAGCCAUAGAGGCCUAUCAGGGACUGCUGGAUGUCUGGAGGUAGCGCAUCCUUACUGAUGGACACCACAGAGGCACGAUGGAGAACAACGUGACCUCACAUUAUCAUCCAUAGUGAAGUGUGUGUGCCCGUGUGUAAGUGUGUGUAUGUGUCCAAAGAGACAUUGGUGGACCACAGGGAGUGUGUCAGUGCUCUUGUGUGAGCAGGGGAUUUGAGACAUCCCCGUGUCACAGACCUUCCUUCUGCAUCCUUUCUCCUGUUCAUGUGCUUUCUUCCCUUAACACAUGUAUCGAUGUGAGCAAGCUGUGGUGAAUAAAGGUUUGGGGUUCUGUGAAUGACA